AUGGCGCAAGACCAGCCGGCCGAGCCUUCGGCAUCGGGCACCAAGCAGAGUGAAACUGGGAACGCAGAUCCCGCGCAACGGCCAGCAGUGCCAGAGCGACGUGGCUCUGCGUUCCUGGAUUUCUUCUCUUCGUUGAUGGGCUCGAAGAGCCCGCUCGCCCACGCGGCGGACCCACACAGAAACACCGUGUGGCUGCUGGAUAACACGGCCUAUCAGCCUGUCUUGGACGCACCGGAGCAAGGCACAUCACAGUCAUGGCAGGCAGAGGUGGUUGCAUGCAUCUUCGAGACGGAGGGCCGGGAAGAUGUCGGCCAGGUCAUCGCCACAAUCGCCGACCACUCCGGUAUUGACGGGGAAUACGGCGGCGACCAGGAGACCCGUGAGAUUAUGGUGCAGCGCUUGCAGCCAUUCCUAGACCGGGUUUCUCCCGCGCGAACGGUGACGCUGGAUGUGGCCGUGGACGGAGCCAAGCAGACGCUUCCGCUGGGCCCCUCCGACCGCAACGGCAUCAUUAGCCAGACAGUCGACCUAGACGCGUCCAGGGUGAUAGACGGCACGGUGGUCCACCCGCGGGUCCGGGGCUUCGCUGGGCCGGCUGCGACGAUGGAAACGCGGUUUGCCGGGCCUGAGGGCUGGAUGGUGAUCUCGGACAUCGACGACACGAUCAAGCGCACGAUGACGAGCGAGCCGACGGGCAUUCUUCGCACGACCUUCGCCGAGGAGCCCGUGCCUAUCGCCGGCAUGCCGGAGUUCUAUCGGCAUGUGCAGGGCGAGCUCAACCCGACCUGGUUCUAUCUCUCGGCCUCGCCCUACAAUUUGUACCCAUUCCUGCACCAGUUCCUGCACACGUACUACUGCCCGGGAACGCUCGUUCUGCGUGAUUACUCCUGGAUGGACAUCAACGGACUCAUCAAGUCCUUUACUGAAAAGACGCAGGAGUACAAGGUCGAUCGGAUGCAGAAGAUCCGGGGCUGGUUCCCACGCCGCCGUGUGCUUUGCAUUGGGGAUUCGACACAGAAGGACCCGGAGGCUUAUGCGGAGAUGUACUGCCGCUACCCGGACUGGAUCCAUGCAAUCCUCAUCCGGAAGGUCACUGAUGUGGAGCAUAUGGAGGAGAAGAAUAGGCCCGAGCGGUUUGCGGAGGCGUUCAAGAAUGUUCCUGCUCACGUCUGGACUGUCUUUGAAGACACGAAGGAGCUGUAUGAUGUGGUUGACAAGCUGGGGAUGGAGGAUCAGGCCUUGUAA